UUCACACCGGGAACAGCUAGGCUUUGCUGAAAUUGUAUUUGUGGUUACACUGUAUCCUUUGCUGAAAUUGUAUUUGUGGUUAUACUGUAUCCUUUGGAUUUAUCCCUUUUCCGGGCAGACCAUCUCACUAUCUCAGCAGUGUGCGAUUUCUAAAAACAUGCAAUAGGAAUUCUAGCCCAUGGUACCACCACAGCCGUUGAUUCCGCAUCUAGCAAGCGCCAAGCAGGUGGCACCGUCAGCAGGUAGGCUGACAGAGCUGGAGCAGAAGGCGUGUAGUAGCAGAGCAGUGGAGGUGUGUAACCAAACAUGGAGAACUCCUCCUUCCCCUGCCUCUGCUUGGGUGGAAGGAAUAAGAAGACACCACCUGCACCGGCAACGGAAUCAGCUAUACACGGCGUCGCUGCAUUCAGCUUCAAGGAGUUAUCGGCAGCGACGAGGAAGUUCAGAAAGGACUACCUCAUAGGCAAGGAGGAGGGUCUCUACAAGGCGUAUCUUAAAAGUGUGAACCAGGUUGUUGCGAUAAAGAUUCAGGUGGUUGUUGAUAAUAGCAGAUCAACCGAGCAAGGCAACAGCAGGGAGGAGUUCCUUUCCCAUGUCCGAAUGCUGAGCAGGCUGCGCCACAGAAAUGUCGUCGAUUUCAUUGGCUACUGCGCCGAUGACCAUCACAGGAUCUUGGUCCACGAGUUCAUGCCAUUGUGCUCUCUCCAAGAUCACCUCCACGAUUCAGAUCCUUCUCGAGAUAAAGCGGCACGGCUGGACUGGAAUUCAAGGAUGAAGAUUGCCGUCGGUGUAUCCAAAGGACUGGGUUAUCUGCACGAGCAUGGCGUGGUGUACCGAGGCAUGCAAUGUUCAAACAUCUUGCUUGGAGAUGGGUACCACCCAAAGCUGUCCGAACCCGGAAUGGCAGAGCUUGGCAGGCCUCAGGUUGACAUCGAAAAUACCCAAUGUCUCAAAAGGGUGGCAUUCGGAUAUCUUGCCCCUGAGACCACCAUAACUGGUUGGCUGUCCAUGGAGUCGGACGUGUACAGCUUCGGCGUAGUGCUGCUGGUGAUGAUCACGGGAAGGAGGGCGUUCGAUAGCAGCCCGGCCGUCAAGGGGGAGCCACGCCUCGCCGCAUGGGCCCAGCCAUUGUUGGAAGACAGCAGCAAGUUUCCCGGAAUGGUAGACCCGGCGUUGGAGGGCCGUUACGCAUUGGCAGGAUUGAACAGGGCCAUGGAUCUUGUUUCCACCUGCAUCCGCGAACACCCGGCCAUGAGACCGUCCAUCGGCACCGUCAUUGAAGCUCUCACUCACAUCGCCGACAGUCCAGCUGAACCACUUGGCACCUCAACCAGCUUGAUAGGAGAGAAAUGAGCCCGCGACAUGCAGAUGCAUCGAUGAUGGAGUUGCUUGGUGAGGAAAUGUGGAAUAAUUAGCCAGUUCUUGGCCUGCUUUAGACGGUUCAGCACAAUCAUGUACAACAUACAGAGGUUAAUUGGCCAGUAUCAAUGGAUUUUUUUUUUCUGUUUUUCCAACUGAGCUAGCCCCAUUCCAUUACUCACAUAAUGGAAAUAACAAGUCUGUUACAAAGCAAGUGAAA